AUGUCACAGUCCCGCCAACGAUACAGAUUCCCCCCUGGGCCCGCCGCUGACCAACGAUUGGCCCGCUCCAAUGAACCUGGACACCCGAUCCUGGACGUCUCCGGCCCAGGUCGGUGCUUGGAGUUCAUCUUGGUGAUUAUCACCCGAGCACUCUUCCCAGAGCACACCCACAAGUCCUCUGCAAACGCCGGUGGGAGUAAAGGUGUCAAGACUCGGCUCAUCGAAAAAGCAUUCUACAAAGCUCUAGAACGGGUGAGGAUUCACCACUUGGAAUGGUUCAGGUUGUACACCCGGCCUUCCUUUAUGGCUGCUUACUUUGUCUUGACCGUGUUCAAGGGGCAUCAUCACUUGGAGGGAAUCGAGUUCAACGAGCCGUUGGAAGAGUCGGUGGCCGAGGUCAUAGUGCGGACGUUCGCUCUGUUCUACACUAUCGCUUCAAAGUGGCAGCACGAUCCGCACGGCGCUCAUAUCACCAGCACUAAAUUCUUUUUCGGAGAUUCUCCAGCCUUGACACGCGAGUGGUACAAGCGGUGGGUGCGCGACCUGGAGCGCGCCGUCCUGCCCGUGCUCGACUACAACAUCGCCGUCACACCAGACUCGCAGUGGGCCCCCUUCCUCGCGUACCUCUUCGUCCUAACCCGCGACGACGACGCUCUCAAGGUGAUCCAUGAGUCCACUUUGCCCACGCUCAGGCUGCUCCUGAUGGAUCGGGGGGAGCUCAUGCGGGAGGUGCAGGAAAGCCGGGCUGUUGUUGGGGAGGCUGUACCGUGGUUUGUUACGGAGCUUUGUGGUGAUGUUGCAAAGUUUACUCAGUGA